UCACGUUGCAGUCUCUUCGCCUCAUUUGGCCCGUGAUGCAUCCCGAAUCUCCAUUUUGAUCGGUGAGACACGACGCUAAAUUUAUCAACACCCAACUUUCCUCUCCACAUUCUCUUGUCGACCCCUCUCCAUUGUUUCUAGAGUCGCAUUCCGCGGUGACUCCUGAACAAAACCUUUCUUUGUCUGCUCCAGUACCUUGGUUCGUCCAGCUCAUAUCACGCGCCAAAACAAUACAAACACUCGUGCGCACCUCACUCACGUACAUCCCACAACCCGACGAAAAUUCGAUGGCAUGCUGCCGCCCGAGCGAGGCAAUGCAGGAGCGGUCGGCUGACAAGGUUGCGAGCCCGCCUAAAACUGGGCGGGUCGAGGACGGGAGGAUACGAAAGAUCAGAGGUGCCAGCAAGCCCGAAAUGACGGCAAUUCAACAUUUCAACGGGAAGACCUAUGCCUGCGAAUCAUGCAAGAGAGGACACCGAGUGAACAAGUGCGACCAUGGAAAGACGAGGCCAAUAUCAGAAACGAAUCAGCCCGGUCGACCAUCUGCCGGUCAGAAGAGAGGGUGUCAGUGUCCUAGGAAUUGUGCCUGCACAACAAAGACAUGCAAAUGUGAAAGAGACUGUUCCUGCACUCAAGAGAUGUAUCUCGUUGUCCGAGUCGACGGUCCUCAACCCAUAAGCCGAGAAGCAACUUCCAGCCCCAAGCCUGUCUGGGAAGAUGCGAAUGGAGAAAGAAUGACUCUGAAAAGAGUAUGGGCCGAUGCAAAUGGCAAGCAGAUUGAUGUCGAAGAAUACAUUGAACGUAAACGACGGAUGAAGGAACGCGAAGAAGGCGCUACAUCCACACCAGAAACUGUCAAGUCGAGUUGUUGUGGUUCGAAGAAGGUGAAAGACGAAUCUUCAUCACCACAGCCCGCGCCAACCGGAGGAUGUCGACACCGCCAAAAUGUCGAGAAGAAACCUGAAAUCGACAGUUUGACUCCCAACUUCGCUGGACAGACAGUGGAUCACAGUACUGGAUCAUGGAAAGCAGCUUGCUCUUGCGGAUCAGGCUGUUCUUGUUUGUACUGUCCGGACCAUCCCAACAACGCAACUUCCAUCAAUCACACACAGCAGCAGGUUAAGAAUCUUGCUCAACAACCGUAUUCCGAGAUCGACGGGAUGAUGCCACUGUCGUUCAUGCCUGACACCAAUUCAAGGUCGUGUAUGGGAGGUCAGCCAUCAUUCUUCCUUUCCAGGACACCCGAUGUCUCGCAGCAACAACUACUUGAUCCGAACGCCAUUUACCUCAGAUAUCCAAUUUCACAACACUCCUGGACCAACCAACCAGCAACCGCACACUGUUCUCAUGGCGCAUCUCCCUCCGCUGUCAUGAGUAUGACUCCUGAUCCGAACGAGACCUAUGUAGAACCUCUGAACGAGGUAGUUGACGGAUCCAUGCCAUGGGAAUUCUUGCCCGACGAGUCCAACGGCACCUGGGAUUUCUCAGGAGGCCAAAUGGGUGGCACGGCAUUCAGUUGGACGGACCUCGAUGCAACCCACGGCACAGAUUACAGUAUCGGCGAGGCUACGGUCGCUUCCGUGUCUCAUGGAAAUAUGUUCGCGCUUCCGCAGGGCGCAACAGCCCAGCAAACACCUAGCAUCCACGUCAGCAUGGAUCCGAUGUUAAGUCCGACACAUCUGAAUGGCUUGUCGAUUUUUGACACCAAUCGCAAACCAGGUGUAAUAAAUUCAAGGUAUGACAGGAGUGAGGAGGUCAUUACUUAUACAACGCAGUUACGAAAAAUAUUCACGCGAUAUGACUGGGGGGUUCGGCGGCAUCCAAGCAAGCGGGGACAGGCGCUUUAGUGACGGACCUGCAUUAUGGCUUGCACAUGGGAAAAUCUAUCAUAUAGUGUUGAGAUGAUAUUUUAAGACAUCAAAUGCUACAGAUAU